GGAGGAAGAAGCCUUCCAUGUAUCAUGUGUGCGGAGAUGGCCGAAGAAGAAGAAAUGUUGAUAGAACUAGAAGCCGUACAAGCGGUGUAUGGAGACGAUUUCGUAGUGCUUGAUUCUUUUCCCCCUCAUCUUCACCUCCACUUGAAGCCUCGCACCGCUGAUAUCUCCUCUCAGCAGUUUGUGGAGGCAGUUAUAGGGAUACGAGCAGGCUCCAAGUAUCCAGAGGAGCCACCUUGCAUUAGUCUAAUAGAAUCCAAGGGUCUUGAUGAACUGAGGCAAAGUCACCUGAUAAGUAGUAUACAAGACAAAGCAAUUGAACUAUCCUCUUGUUCAAUGCUUGUAACACUAUGUGAGGCAGCAGUGGAGAAGCUCACAGCCAUGAAUCAUCCAGAUGGCGAUUGUCCAUUGUGUUUGUGCCCUUUGGUUUCUGAAGAUGAGCAAUGUGUAACCUUGCCGUUUAUGAAAUUGAUGUCUUGUUUUCAUUGCUUUCACAGUGAGUGCAUUAUCAGAUGGUGGAAAUGGCUUAGGACAGAGAAGGAAACUGAUCCUAAUUAUUCUCACGGUACAACUCUGCGGCCAAUGAGAGAUGGGGAUCAUCAAAAUGAUGUGCAUGAAGUAAAGGAGGAAAGUAUGGGAAACUGUCCUGUUUGUCGUAAGGUUUUUCAUGCAAAGGAUUUUGAACACGUGCUUCAUCUGGUUGGGACUCAUUCAUCACAACUGAGUUCUGAUAGAGAUGAAGUUAGUGAUAAUGAGGUCCUUGACGCCACUUCAGAGAACAUAAGGAGACAGAAAUUUGAAGCUAUACUAAAAUUACAGCAAGAAAACAGUGGCUUAAUUGAACCCAAAAGAGAUCUAGUUGUGUUGCCUGGAAUGUUUCUCCCGCAACCAGUCUCAACAGAUUCACAGACAUUAAAAGAAGCCACUGAGCAACAACAGCCAGACCCAACAGUUUCCACCGAACCAAAUUCCAAUGGCUCCUCUUAUAAGCCUGGCCACCGGGGGCGUCAAAGGUCAGGACAAACCUCGAGACAUUCGAGAACCUCGAGAGGGGAGGCCAAUGGGCUACGACAAAGAGAUCCAACAGUUUCCUCUGGAUCAAGUUCCAGUGGCUCCUCUUAUAGGCCUGGUCACCGGGGCAAUCUAAGCUCAGGACCCACCUCAACACAUCCGAGAACCUCUAGAGGGGAAGCCACUGGGCUACAACAAAGAGAUCCAACAGUUUCCUCUGGACCAAGUUCCAGUGGCUCCCCUUAUAGGCCUGGUCACCGGGGCAAUCAAAGCUCAGAACACACCUCAACGCAUCCAAGAACCUGGAGAGGGGAUGCCAGUGGGACACAACAAAGAGAUCCUACCUCUGAACCAAAUGCUAGUAGAUUAUUUAAUAGGCCUAGCAACCAGGGGCAGCGGAACUCUGGCCGACGGAAUCAGGGAGUACCAAGUGAGGGAAAGCAAACAGUACAGUGGGUUAGAAAGGAGAAUGGUCCUCCAAAUCAGUGAAACGUGAUACUUCCAUUUGUGCCUUUCACUAGUGAUUUAAGUUUUUGAAUCAAAAUCAGAAAUAUAAGGUUAAAGACAAUCAACUAGAGAAAAAGAAGUAGAAAAUGACUUGAACAUCAUCGAGCAAAUUGAUGAUGUUAAUUGGGUGAGGCAAGAGCUGUUAUUUAAUUGAUGUUGCAUCUUCAAAUUCUGUUGUUUUGUUUAUGGAAAUCCUUCUGUAGGAUAUUCAAAUAUCUUAAAUCUUAAUGCUUCAUGCUUUUUUCCCUUAUUAAUUCA